CAACCGAUGCUACCCUCCCAUUGGGGUGAACUUGUUAAGGCUGGUUUUGUGCAUUAUGAAGUUGUUGUCUCCUGAAGAGGAUAGUGCAUUCUUAAUUCCAAAAGCAAGUGCCCACAUUUUUGCUGUCACAUCAUAUGGUGGCGGCGCGGCAGCAGCGGCAGCAGGGCGGUGGAGGUGGAGCCAGAUGACAGGGUGAAGGAUGAUGGGGCUGGCAGGGAUAGGGUCGCUGCGGCGGCGCCAGGGCCUGCUGGGCCUCGUGGUGCUGGCCGCCUUCAUGUCGUGCAGCAUGCUGGUGCUGGUCUCGGGCCCGGACCUCAGCUCGGAGCAGGCCCUGGUGCGGCGGGUGGCCGAGCUGCAGGCGCGCUCCCAGCACCUUGACGCGCUGUACCGCUCGCGCAUCGCGGACAUGCGCGGGCUGUCGCAGCACCUCGGCCAGCUCGUGUCCACCGUCAACAGGUCGUCCCCGCUCAGCGUCGAGGCCCAGCAGCUGGUGCGCAACCUGAGCGCGCUCCGCCUGACCCUGGACGACCCCGCCAGCCAGCCGCUGCAGCUGCCCAACGCGUUCCACUUCAUGCCGCACUUGUUGGACGCGGGCUUCGGCGGCGGCGCGGCGGGCACGCUGCGCCCGGCCUUCUGCAUGUGCGGCGCGCGGCGCAGCGGCGUCUCCAUCGUGCUGGGCGUGCCCACGGUGCGGCGCCAGGUGCAGAGCUACCUCCUGGCCACGCUCGACAACCUGGUCAGCUCCAUGACCCCCGAGGAGAGCAACGACACCCUCAUCGUGGUGUUCGUCGCGGAGACCGAGUUGGAGUACGUGAAGCAGGUGGCCGCCCAGAUCCGCGACCAGUUCGACAACGAGGUGCAGUCGGGGCUGAUCGAGCUCAUCUCGCCGCCCACCUCGUACUACCCGGACCUCAACAGCCUGCGCGUCACGCUGGGCGACUCGAUGGAGCGGGUGCGCUGGCGCACCAAGCAGAACCUCGACUUCGCCUUCCUCAUGAUGUACUCGCAGCCCCGGGGCACCUUCUACGUGCAGCUGGAGGACGACAUCCUGGCCAAGAAGAACUUCAUCUCGACCAUGAAGAACUUCGCGCUGGAGAAGUCGGCGCAGAGGGAACCCUGGUUCGUUCUCGAGUUCUGCCAAUUGGGUUUCAUAGGGAAAAUGUUCAAAUGUGUUGAACUGCCGUGGCUGGUUCAGUUUUUCCUGAUGUUCUACAAUGAUAAGCCUGUGGACUGGCUGUUAGACCACGUUAUUUUCACCAAAGUCUGUAGUCCAGAAAAAGACCAUAAACACUGCAAGAAGGCCAAGUCAGAACUGUGGAUACAAUAUAAACCAUCACUAUUCCAGCACAUAGGCACUCAUUCUUCACUGCGUGGAAAAGUUCAAAAACUCAAGGAUAAACAGUUUGGCAAAGUGUCCUUAUUCUUCCCACACUGGAACCCUCCUGCUGUUGUUGACUCUGACAUCAAGCCCUACAAGCAAUACACACUGCAUAAAGCAUACAUGGGAGAGUCAUUUUUCUGGGGCCUUUUACCUCAGCCAGGGGAUACACUGACCUUCCGCUUUCAUACCCCAAUAUUCAUUAAAAGAUUUUUGUUUAGAAGUGGUAAUGCGGAACAUCCCUCGGACAGAUUGUACAACACCUCAGUUGAAGUGAAGCCUAUGAAACCAAAACGUUUGGACCCAGGCCUUGGCUUUAAUGUGACUCAUGAUGGGUUUGUGGUUGUUGGCCAAUUUGAUGGGAUGGGAGUAUGUGAAGGAAUUGUUGACUUCACUCUCGGUGCUAUCUCUAUCAUCCGUCUGUAUAUUCACUCAGAGAGUGAUAACUGGGCCAUUCUUAGUGAGAUUCUUAUUGAGGCUGACAACGGCAGAUGACGUUUAGGUUCAAACACAUCUCUACGAGACCGGAAGAUCUUUUAUCGAGUUUCUAGAGGUCGUGUUUGAUCACUUUUUGUCAUUGGUUGAAGAGGACUUAGAGGUCUUCCCUCUCAUCGAAAGGCGGCCCACACUUAAGACUGUUGCUUUCUAACGCUAUCCUGUUUGCUUUUAUACUGUUCUUGAGGCAACUUAAAUUCUGGCAUGAGAACAGUGGAUCAUGUGAGCAAUUGUGGUAGCUAUCCCUUGAAUUGUUGAGUGUUAUCUGGAGUGUUUAAUUGCAUCUCUCUUCUGUAUGGGUAGAAGUCAGGGUCAAUUAUUAUACCACAAUGUUAAUCCCAUAUCAAUAUAUUUUCUGAUGCAGAUCUUUACUUAAUCAUCAGGUCUUUUAGGAAGGAUUUGGUAAACCAGGUAUUUCUUAAAGUACUUGAACUAAUACUGUUACUUAAUUGAAAUGAAUUUCUUGGAUAAACACUUUUGGUUGAACAAUUACUGCCAACCCCAAAAUUCUACUUAGCGGUCCCUUUGUGUGAGGUUGACUGAUCAAAUGUCUACGAAAAAGGGGGACUAUUUUAGUGAUUACUUUUGUGGUAUACCAACUAAAAAUUUUAUUUGGAGCAUGCGCUCAAAUCCUGGCCAUGUGACUGUGCCAUACUUAAUGAAUUUCUGUGAUAUCCAGUCAGAAAGGAUUGGACAUUGGAGCAUUGAACAAGUAGACUUGUAUGUUGAUCCUAUGCUUCAAAAACGAGAAACAUAGUAUGUUGUUGUGCUGAUAGCUAUGUACUGUAUAAUUAUUAAUUAUCUUACAUGAUUGUCUUGUGCAGGGUAUAUUUCUUAAGAUUUUGUUUUAUAAUACAAACCAAGCAAACAUCUGAUAGAACAACUAUACUUUAUUCAUUAUAAAAGCUUUAUACAAAACGCAUUGCUAGUUAUGUGUUCUUGGUGCAGUCAUAUCAUGUAUCUAAAUAUGUAAAAUAUACUUACUGGUGCUUUAGCUAGCAAGUUUCAGUUUGACCUCGGGAGAAGGGUGCCCUUCUCUCAAGGUUAGGCUCAUCUUUGAAAUUUUGGAUUGAGUUAUUUUUAAUGUGUUUUCCCCCAUUGUUUUCAUGGAUUUAAAUCAGUGUUAUUGUUUCUGUAUGUAUUAUAGAUGUUUUGUUUUUUUUAAAAUUGUGCAUAAUUUUUUUAUUUACUUGAGAUUUUGAGAUUCUAUACGGUGUGUUUUUCUUCAUUCGUUUUGUCGAAUGCAAUUGUAUUAUUUGUUAUCUACAGUAUUGUAUUGAUUUUCAACGGUUGCUUGUUUGCGGUUUUCAAAAUGUGUCUUGGACUGAGGUAUCAGCUAUAGUGAGCCUCUUACAGCCACAACCAAAGCCUUGUGACAUCCGUUGUUUGGACUUUGUCUUCACAUGAAGUACUUUUUUAAACCUGGUGGAACAAUGAAAAGUGCCUGAAUCUCUUGAGUCAAGGAUAAAAUGGAGAAAUUUAGAAUUUUGUGUCCAGGUUGAACUAUUUCGACUUUCCCCUGCAUUGAGCCUUGAUAGUUCUUGGUGGUUGAUAAGUGUGUGAUUUCAAAUUUGGAUGUUUAUAGGGCUUCAUGGACUUUUCCGUUGAUUUUGCUAUGUUUUACGUGAAUUGGCUGUGAUGUUUUCUCUUGCCUUGCAUGGCAAGAUUGGGCUCUUUUUACUUAAAAUGAUGUUAUCAUGAUGUUUUUACAAAUGUCAAAAAAUGUUUUAUUUGCCAUAUUACCCUUUGUAAAAGAGAAAGCAGCAAUAUUACAUUUACGUUGCUUAUGCAUUCUAUAAGUCUUGUUUGAGUUUUUAUUCGUUUAAAAGUAACAACAGAAACAUUAAAUAAGAUUGAAUGGCUUCCAAUCCACUCUAAGUUAAGAUUAUUCAACAAAGUUUAACAAGAACAAAUUGGUAUAACAAACACUUGAACAAACAAAAAAUUAUGACCGUAAUCUGUUUGUACUAUCAGUCCCUGUGUUUCUUUCUCAUUUUGCUGGAUAGUUUUUCAUGAAAUUUUACCCUGGCUGUAUCCUUUCCAUCUGUUUUUAGCUUUGUUUGAAAGGAGCCAUAGCCAUCAGCACAUAGGUUGGACCAAAACAGCUGUAAAUACAAAUUGAUCAAAAACA